AUGUUCUCCCGCAAAAAUGAAAUUGAUGAUUUCAAUUUAGCUCUACAGCUCCAAGAAAUAGAAAAUGAUGCAAACGAAGUAGUUUUUUGUGGUCAAUCCGAGAACAAGAAUAAAAGCAGCAACUUGGCUGACGUUUCUUGGGAACUGGUCGAUCCCAAUCCCGAUGUCUUCAGCCUUUUUGUGGAGUUUGACAAAAAAUUUUUUUGGGGAAAGCUUGCAAGUGUUGAAGUUAUUUGGAGUACUCGCAUGACACUGUGUGCCGGUGUUUGCGAGUACCAUGGCAAACGAAGUGGUGCUUGUUGCAUUAAACUGAGUGAGCCACUGUUGAAGUUAAGACCAAGGAAGGAUUUGGUAGAGACUCUUCUGCAUGAAAUGAUACAUGCCUAUCUCUUCCUAACCAACAAUGAUAGAGAUCGAGAUGGACAUGGUCCUAAUUUCAAAAGUCACAUGUACAGACUUAACAAAGAAACUGGACUCAACAUAACUAUCUACCACAGUUUUCAUGAUGAAGUUGCAUUGUACCAGCAGCAUUGGUGGCGCUGUGAUGGACCCUGCCGAACCAAGCAACCAUUUUAUGGUUAUGUCAAGAGGUCAAUGAAUCGGGCACCCUCCUCAAAUGACACGUGGUGGUCAUCUCAUCAAGCAACUUGUGGGGGUACGUUCACAAAAAUUAAAGAACCAGAAAAUUUAGCAACUAAAAAAGGACAG